UACAGCCAAGGGACUGUGUGGAAUUCCAUUGAAAACGAAUAAAAUAGCCCGGCCUUGAAAAACCUUGCUGACAUUACGAUAUACAUUAAGAGAUACAGCCACAAAUUAACCUUCUGUGUACAACUGUGUCGAUCAACAGGAAGACUUUUUACGUAUAGACUACGCCUCGCUGGCAUUGAACUUAAAAAACCGAUAUCAAAUCAUGGUGCGUAGGAUAUAAUCCUUUAGAUUGAUACGCUGGGAGUUUUGUUUUUGAAAGAACGAAAACGACACGAAAUCCUCUAAAAAAUUGGCAAGUGGUGAAUGAAUAUCGAAUAUGGAGUUAGAGGACUUAUCAGAUAUGGAAUGUGGCUGGAUUCUGAACGUUGUCCAACGAGACUUUGAGCUUCGAGACAAACAUGAUUGUGUGGUGCGAAAAGACGAUGAAGCGUUGGUGAAAAAGAUGGAAACUUGUCGUGAACAUAAUAAUAAGAACCCUGACUUUAACCAAAAGUAUUGCACAUGGUGCUUUUCCAGAUUUUUUAUAUUUUUCAAUCCGAAAACCAAGUGUGAAAUGUGCACCUACAUGAUGUGCAAUAAAUGUAGAACAUACAACAAAGAUAAGAAGUGCUAUAUUUGCUACGUUUGUCAAAAGAGUCUGGAUAUCCAAUCAAGGAAUAUGAUUUUUUACAACCGUAAAUUGCUGUCCAAAUUUCUACAAACUGGAAGUGAAGUAGUCGUAGCUGCCUAUCGGUCACGCAUGCGCGAGAAGGCGUCACUCCUUGAGAUCACCGACGAUAUUUCCGAAUCCGAUUUAGAUAACGAUUCUAAGAGCAUAGACAGUGGCUAUGGACACGGUGGAGGGUCGAUUCGGGCUGAGAAUUCAAAGAAACCUGGCAUGGAUUUCAGCGACGGUCAUCAUGGAACGUCAAAUGGUAUCUGGCCAAUCAGAGAAGAGAGUUCCGACAUUGAAAUCGAGUUCCACAAUGCCUACGAUGAUUUAGAUUUAGAUACGAUCGUCGGGCUCAAUUCGACAUCCUCUGAGUACCCCAAUAACAACGACAAAGUAGAAGGCAAAAGAGAAUGCCUGCAUGGCGACGAUGACAAAUAUAUUGACUCACUUGGAGCAAACAAUAACUUGACAACUCAUCCCGAUCUAGACGGACUAUUUUUAUCAAGGCAAUCAGCCAACCAAGAUGUAUUGCGACACAAUCCGAGUGUAGAAGAAAUGAUUAAUCCUGGAUUUAAACGCAGUAAAGUGUUUAUGCCGGGCAUUCAUCACGUAAAUUGCAAACUUUGUUCUAUGCGCUACUCCAAAGAUUCUUCGUCCAACUCUCGUAGAUUGACGUUGUAAAUAUUUUCAGUUUCAUCUAAAUCAACGUUAGGUAGCCCACUAUCAAGUGGAUGACUUUUACUGCAGCUAGCUUCAUUCAAGAUGCUUGCCGAGAUUCCUUCGUUUUCGAUAAACCUCCGAUU